CGGAGGAGUCUUACCCUAAUGUAAGAUGGUGGCCCGUCUGGCUGUGGAACCCACCGAAAGCUGAGAGUCUGUCUCUCAGCCGUAAAGGUCGGACUCGCUGAAGCAAUCAGGCCCGGUUCUGAAGAGUUUUUUCCCCGACACUCGUUCAGUGGUCUCUUGUGAGGACGCGGCAGCGCGUGGAGUCGGCUAAGGGAAAAGCGAGGCAAGGCAGGCGGGUCUUUGAAGUUCUACAGUUUAGUUCUCAGUGCUGAACUUCCUUCUCCCUUAAGUUAUUAUAAACUUUUGCUGCUGUUUAAUAAACGUGAAGAUGUCUCGCAGUCCUGAUGCGAAAGAAGACCCUGUGGAAUGUCCUCUUUGCAUGGAGCCCUUGGAGAUAGAUGAUAUCAACUUUUUUCCUUGCACCUGUGGCUAUCAGAUUUGCCGAUUUUGUUGGCAUCGAAUUCGCACUGAUGAAAAUGGGCUUUGUCCUGCGUGUAGAAAGCCAUAUCCAGAAGACCCAGCAGUUUAUAAACCACUUUCCCAGGAAGAACUGCAAAGGAUAAAGAAUGAGAAAAAACAGAAACAGAACGAGAGAAAACAGAAAAUAUCAGAAAACCGCAAACAUUUGGCUAGUGUACGUGUUGUACAAAAAAACCUCGUCUUUGUUGUAGGUCUGUCUCAGCGCCUAGCAGACCCAGAGGUUUUAAAACGACCAGAAUAUUUUGGGAAGUUUGGUAAAAUACAUAAAGUUGUCAUCAAUAAUAGCACAUCAUAUGCAGGCUCACAGGGUCCAAGUGCCAGUGCUUAUGUAACCUAUAUCCGGUCAGAAGAUGCUCUCAGAGCCAUACAGUGUGUCAACAAUGUGGUAGUAGAUGGCAGAACACUUAAGGCAUCUCUAGGUACAACAAAAUACUGCAGUUACUUCUUAAAGAAUAUGCAGUGUCCAAAGCCUGACUGCAUGUAUCUACAUGAAUUGGGGGAUGAGGCGGCCAGCUUCACGAAAGAGGAAAUGCAGGCGGGUAAGCACCAAGAAUAUGAACAGAAACUACUUCAAGAAUUAUAUAAGUUAAACCCCAAUUUUCUUCAACUAUCUACGGGUUCAGUUGAUAAGAAUAAGAACAAAGUGACACCACUGCAGAGGUAUGAUACCCCCAUUGACAAACCUUCAGAUUCUCUCAGUAUAGGGAAUGGUGAUAAUUCCCAGCAGAUAUCUAACAGUGAUACGCCUUCACCACCACCUGGUUUAUCAAAAUCCAAUCCAGUCAUCCCCAUCAGUUCAUCCAAUCACAGUGCACGGUCUCCUUUUGAAGGGGCAGUAACUGAGUCACAGUCGUUAUUCUCAGAUAACUUUCGCCAUCCCAACCCAAUCCCAAGUGGGCUUCCUCCUUUCCCCAGCUCCCCACAGACAUCCAGUGACUGGCCUACAGCACCAGAGCCACAGAGUCUCUUCACAUCAGAAACAAUCCCAGUAUCAUCCUCUACAGACUGGCAAGCAGCAUUUGGCUUUGGUUCUUCUAAACAACCAGAGGAUGACUUGGGUUUUGAUCCCUUUGAUGUCACUCGAAAAGCCUUAGCAGACCUGAUUGAAAAGGAACUGUCAGUCCAAGACCAGCCUUCCCUUUCGCCCACAUCUCUUCAGAACUCCUCUUCACACACUACAACCGCCAAAGGUCCGGGCUCUGGAUUCCUGCAUCCUGCUGCACCGACAAAUGCCAACUCUCUCAAUAGUACCUUUUCAGUCUUGCCACAGAGGUUCCCUCAAUUUCAGCAGCACCGAGCAGUUUAUAAUUCAUUCAGUUUUCCAGGCCAGGCAACCCGCUAUCCUUGGAUGGCCUUUCCACGCAAUAGCAUCAUGCACUUGAACCACACAGCAAACCCCACCUCAAAUAGUAAUUUCUUGGACUUGAAUCUCCCGCCACAGCACAACACAGGUCUGGGAGGGAUCCCUAUAGCAGACAACAGCAGUUCUGUAGAGAGUUUAAAUAUGAAGGAAUGGCAGGACGGGCUAAGGGCACUUCUACCCAACAUUAACAUCAACUUUGGUGGACUGCCCAAUUCCUCCUCCCCCUCCAACGCCAACCACAGUGCACCAACGUCCAACCCUGCCACCACCGACAGCCUGAGUUGGGACAGCCCUGGCAGCUGGACAGACCCAGCCAUCAUCACAGGUAUUCCAGCAACUUCAGGAAACAGUUUAGACUCUCUUCAAGAUGACAAUCCUCCACACUGGCUAAAAUCCCUUCAGGCCCUCACAGAGAUGGACGGCCCCAGUGCUGCUCCGUCACAGACCCACCACAGCGCCCCCUUCAGCACACAGAUCCCUCUGCACAGAGCCAGUUGGAAUCCCUACCCCCCUCCUUCAAACCCUUCCAGCUUCCACUCCCCACCCCCAGGCUUUCAGACAGCCUUCAGACCCCCCAGCAAAACCCCCACAGAUUUACUACAGAGUUCAACACUGGACCGCCAUUAGGGAAAGAGGAGAAACCAUUAGAAAAUGCAGGAUUUGUCGCACCCCGUUUUCUCCCCCUCAGCCCGCCCACCGCUCCCUUCUCAUCUCUUA